GUUGAAUUUGGCUUUUACACUUGGUUUCAUUUCUUACUGAUUCAUUUUCCUUUUUGGCUAUAGGCACAGGAAGGAGUUUUUAGAUCUGAAUUUCUACUGCAAAAAUGUCGGGUGAAGAGGUUGCAGCAGCAGUUGAAAAGCCUGCUCCCGCUAUUGGUGAGCCCAUGGAUAUAAUGACAGCCUUGCAACUUGUGUUGAAGAAAUCACUGGCACAUGGGGGGCUUGCUCGAGGGCUCCAUGAAGGUGCUAAAGUUAUUGAGAAGCAUGCCGCACAACUAUGUGUCGUGGCAGAAGACUGCAACCAGCCAGAUUAUGUCAAAUUGGUCAGAGCACUUUGUGCAGACCACAAUGUGAGCUUAAUAUCUGUUCCAAGUGCCAAGACUCUCGGUGAAUGGGCUGGGUUGUGUAAGAUCGACUCAGAGGGCAAGGCCAGAAAGGUGGUUGGUUGCUCCUGUGUCGUUGUGAAGGACUAUGGGGAAGAAUCUGAGGGUCUUAAUAUCGUCCAGGAGUAUGUGAAGUCACAUUAAGUAAUAUGUAGUAAGAAGCUACAAUAUUCAAGGUUUUUGACCUGGAGUCAAUCAGUAGGAACAUUUCUUUUUAUUUUCCCCCCUUCUGUUGUUUAAGAGAGCUCUCUGAUCAGCAUGUUUAAAAAUUUCAUUUUUGGUUGUACUUGAUAGCUAGAAUGGAGGAAAUGCAGCAGUUAUUGUCAUUGUAGUGCAAAUAUUUUUGGAUGUCGAAACAAUUUCUGCCAAUUAU